AGCACGGGAUCGCGCCUUCUGUUUCCAUGCUGUUAAUUACUCAAUAGUUUAAUAGUUUCCUUAGUUAACCGUGAUCAAAACCACUUCUGCACCUUUCAAAACAAAUCUGCUAAUAAUUCCUUCUGGAUGUCAGACGCUGUCCUUUUGAAAGUUAAAGAUAACUUAAUCAGAUGCCCCAGUAAUCAAUACCACUGCCUGAUGGUGUGACAGUAGGUUCUUUUGUGAUGUCGCAGACAAAUUGCAGAAUGACUUCCUUGGAAGCUAAUAAUGCUGACAGCACGUUGGUUCUCAGUACACCACCCUCUGUCAAUGCGAAAAACAGGAAAUAUUCUCCCGUUAUAUUGGAAGAGCAAGAAAGGAAAGCAUUAGAUGUGAAGAAGAUUGCAGUGAAAAAGCUGAAGAAGUGCUGUUCUUGCACCCCAACAAAGGCAAAAGACUUUUUUGUUGAUCUCUUUCCUGUUAUACGAUGGUUUCCAAAGUACAAAUGGAAAGAAUGGAUUUUGGGUGAUAUUAUGUCUGGACUGAUUGUGGGCAUCCUACUUGUCCCUCAGUCAAUAGCCUAUUCAUUGCUUGCAGGGCAGGAACCAAUAUAUGGGCUUUACACAUCAUUCUUUGCCUGCAUCAUCUACUUUCUGAUGGGAACAUCAAGGCAUAUUUCAGUUGGUAUCUUUGGUGUGCUUUGCUUAAUGAUUGGCCAGGUUGUGGAUCGAGAAGUUCAGUACUUUGGGUUUGACCUCAAUGAUGUUAAUAAAACUGCCCAAUCAGAAAUGUUUAACCAGUCCACGGAUUUUUGUGACAGAAGUUGUUUUGCCAUUCGCGUUGGCUCUACUUUGACAUUUAUGGCUGGUGUCUAUCAGGUAAGUUGAAUACUUAUCUAAAUCUAAAUUGAUGCUUACUGUAUGCACAAUAUAAUGAUUAUUUGAUAGAUUUGAAACUUAUUCCUUGAGAGUUGGAACUAAAACUACAUCAAUUCUGCUAAUUAUCUUACAGUUAAAUCUCCUCAUUAGAAUAUGGUUGAAUAGAAAAUUGGGGAUAGAGAAGGCAUGGGACUUUUAGUGAAAACUUGAAGUUUCAACUUAUUUGGGUUUCAUUUGUGAACAUUAGGCACAGUGUGUUUGAGAGCCUUCACUUAAGGCAGCAUGAGGGUAGGUGAAAAUAAGUUCUCGGCAAAACUUAACAAAACACCAACAAUCUUUUCUCAAGCUGUACCAGGAAAUCUGGUCAUAAUUUUAACACAGCCCCUGAGCAAGUGCAUUUGCAAGAAGUUAAAAUAUGGGUAUCAGUGAGGUUCAAAAGUAUGCAAGGUUGUAUAAUUUGGAGAUGUCUGUUUUGGUAUCACAAAGAAAUUUAGAUCAGGCAGAAUUUGUUUGGAUAACCAUAAAAGAUCGGCUAAUAUUUUGAUGCAUGAUUAUACUUGCUUGCAUGAUCUGCACUGAAAAUAUUGUAAUCAUAAGCCAUAUAAUUGAUUAUGCUCACAAAUCCCUGGGUACAAUAAUGGUGGAAAUUUUAAGACUGUUUAUAUCAGUAAAGUUAUUAAACUCAAAGCACCAUUGGAAUGGUUCCUCUUCCCCCUUGCUUACAGUGGCCCACAAAAGAGUUUUCAUUAGUUUUAGAACACUACCAUGCUCAAAUCUAUCAUCAUUGCCCAUUGCCACAUCUUCUAGACAAGCACAGAAUAGGGUAUGAAGCAAUCAUCUCAACAAUCAUUCAAAUUAUAGAAUCUUCAUUGAGACAUGCAAAGUCUAAGCCAAGUGCUAUAAAGCAUGGAUUUGGAGUUAAAUUUAAUUCAAGUACAGAAAAGUAUGCCAGGAUUGGGAAAGAGAAGAUCAAGAUAAUGAUAUAAGAAACACACAGCUUUGGAGAAAAAAAUGGGCUUAAUGGAGUAAAUGGUUGCCUUCUAAAUUGCUGUGUGACUUCAAGAUUUUACAUCUCCAUCUUCAAUUUCUGGAAGAAUGGAAUUUAGUCCUGUAAAUUAAAUUUUUAUGGCCAGAGAGAUUAUUUACUGCAGAAUCUGUUCUCAUUGCCUUCUAAAAGUGUACUUACUUCUAAAUUUCCCAGCCAUCUUUAGUGAGGAAGUAUUCUAAUUUUCGUGAGUUUACAUUAUAUCAAUUUGGCAGUGAAAUCAUUCUGUGAGGAUUGUUGCCCCUUACACUGUACAGCAGUAUUUCUGAAGGCACCUUCCAGAUUUCCAAUCUCGGCAGCACUUGUGUGGACACUGCAAGUUGUUGGCAGGUUUACGUUAUUAUAGUGGCAAGGGCUGUUCACAUCCCCUUUAUCAGGUCGUUCUAUUUAUUUACCUUUUUCUGUUAUCCAUUUCAAUUCAAACAAAAGGUCAAAUUGGAUUUUAAGCUGAAUUUUUAUGCAAUUUAGAUUUCUUACCCCUUUUAUAAAAGAAUAAAUCAAUCCAACAUCGAGUAUAGGAGAUGGGAGGUCAUGUUGCAGC